AUGGAAGUUUUCUUGAUGAUUCGUCGACAAAAAUUAACGUUAUUUUUGGAUGGAAAAGAGUCAACAACUAUACAUGAAUUGAAAAAAAUGAUUGAAGGGAUAACAAAAGUUUCCGCGCAAAAUCAACGUCUUAUACUUGAUACAACAGCAUUAGACGAUGAUAAUCAAACAUUAUCCGAUUGUGGUAUCAGUAGUGCAUCCAAAGCACAUUCACCAGCACUAUUGUAUUUAUGUUAUCGAAAACAAGGAAACGAGAAUGAAUGGGAACAACCAGAAAUUGCCGAUUUAUCUACACCACCACCAUUACCUGACGUAUUUUCAAAAGUGGAAGAGGAUAAGAAAGAUAAUGCAAAUGUGGCCUCUUAA